AUGACUUGUGUAUCUACAGUUAAUUACUCCAUACUCUUGAAUGGUGGUCUAACCCCUAUAUUUCAAGCUAAGAGGGGAUUGAGACAAGGAGACCCUAUGUCCCCAUACCUGUUUGUCUUGGCUAUGGAGUAUCUAAAUAGAUCCCUGAAGCAACUCAGACACAAACCUGAUUUCAACUACCAUCCCAGGGCUGACCAGUUGUCCAUAUCCCUGAUUAUGCAAGCAUUCAAUCACUUCUCUAGUGUAUGUGGACUGAAAUCCAACUUGGAGAAGAGUUCCUUCUAUGUUGCAGGAGUGACACAAGAGUUUAGUUCGCAUAUUAUGCAAGAGAUGCACUUCUCUGGGGGAGAGAUACCAUUUAAAUACCUGGGGAUUCCAUUGUCUUCUAGAAAACUAAACUUCUUAUGGACUGGUAGAAAUGAAUAUUCAAGAAGGGCCCUAGUUGCUUGGAGCAUUGUAUGCAUGCCUAAGGUUGCAGGAGGAUUGAACAUUUUGGAUAUUUUUAUCUGGAACAAAGCUGCAAUUUGCAAGCUAUUAUGGGUUGUGGGUAAAAAGAAGGAAAAGUUAUGGGUACAGUGGAUCCAUUGCAUAUAUAUAAAAGGAAGAGACCUGGCCAGCAUGCCUACCCCAAAUCAAGGUAGUUGGAUAGUUAGGAAGAUAUUUGAGGCAAGGAAAUGGAUGAUUGGAGACCCAUUAGAUGAUCUCAAUGCAUGUGAGGAAAGAGGGAAGUUCAGUAUCAAAAAGGCAUAUCAAACCUUUAUGCCUCAGCUCCAGAAAGUUUCAUGGAAAAGCCGGGGAAUUCAAGUGGAGCAGGAAUGUGUCUUAUGCAAUACCACUGUAGUGGAGACAUUGGAGCAUCUUUUCUUUGAUUGUGGCUAUUCAAAGGUCAUAUGGAGCACAUUGUUACAUUGGCUAGGGGAAAGGAGACUAAUCAGAAGCUGGGAAGAGGAAAUCGAAUGGACAGCUAGAAGAACCAAUAAUUCUAGAGCAAGAGCGGGCAUCAUUGGAUUUUUGUUUGCAGCAAGUGUCUAUCAAAUAUGGCCAGAGAGGAAUGGAAGAAGAUUCAACAAUCAACGAAUAGCGAGCAGACAGCUGAUAAAGGAAGUUAUACUACAGCUGCACGCUUAUGGCCAGAGACAGAGCAAGUGGCGACAACAAUUGGAUUGUUAA